CAGGAGCUAUACGAUUGUAGGGAGACCGUCGGUUCCCCAACGAGGGUGAGGGCAUAAACUGGUGGGGAAAAAGCGGUGCACUGGCAAAUCCAUUGUCUUAACAGUGCAGUCGUAUUUUCGUUCCUGCUCAGAUGUAAGCCCCAUUGAGUUCAGUGGGACUUACUCUCCGGUACCGGACAACCAAGGCAAAAAGAGGGCGGGGCAACAUAGAUACAUGGCUGUAAAGUGGCUACCCCAUUUUGCAUUCUAUGGCGGCGUGCAAGUGGAUAGGAACCGAGCUCUCUUAACAGACUUAUUUUUAAAAGUCUAUAUGGUCUCUUCUGAAAUUCUCGAUCUUAUUCAGAGUUCCGCACUCCUAAGGCCAGUAUCUUAAAGGCAUACCCAACGCUGCGUAAGACUCAGUAGGCGUCAUUGCUACCGAAGCAAGUGCCCCGCCUGAUUUCUGUAAUGCCACCAAUCGAAGCGCUUCCGCCUCGUUACAUGACUCUUGCCAGCGCCAUAGAGAACACGUGACCAUCGGCUAUUAGAACUUCCUAAGACAGGAAAGGUUUCUCUCGGCGUCUUAUUGCUGGGGUCCUGAAUGGCCUAUGCUGCAGAAGUUAACCUGUGUGGGAUCAUCACGCUUCUAUUUACCACUUUUCGAUCAACGUAACUGGAGUGGCGCAUCCAUCGUGGUGGGCUUGCUGUAUUUCUAAUUCUGUAGGAAGAGCACAAGAGAAAUGACUCAUUGGUUUCAUCGAAACCCUUUAAAGGCUACAGCUCCUGUCUCAUUCAAUUACUAUGGGGUAGCGACCACUCCAGCUGCAACAAAGAUCUGCAAUGAUCUCAGAUUAUCAAGAACACGACUCUUGGAACUUUUUACGGAUCUGAGUUGUAAUCCAGAUAUGAUGAAAAAUGCAACUGAUUCCUAUUUUUCACUCUUGAAAGGCUUUAUAGUUUCAUUGGAUGACUCCUCACAGGAUAGUAAGCUGAGAUACGUUCAGAAUUUUAAAUGGACAGACACUUUGCAAGGACAACUACCAAGUGCCCAACAAGAUGCUGUGUUUGAACUAGUUUCCAUGGGAUUUAAUGUGGCUUUGUGGUACACUAAAUAUGCAUCAAGGUUGGCUGGGAAAGAAGACAUAACAGAAGAUGAAGCAAAAGAUGUCCAUCGAAGCAUGAAAAUAGCAGCUGGGAUUUUCAAACACUUAAAGGAAAGCCAAAUCCCUAAACUGAUCACUCCUGUAGAAAAAGGAAGAGAUUUAGAAGCCCGACUUAUAGAUUCCUAUGUUAUCCAGUGCCAAGCUGAAGCACAAGAAGUGACAAUUGCCCGAGCUAUUGAACUGAAACACAAUCCUGGCCUAAUAGCUGCUCUGGCCUAUGAAACAGCUAAUUUCUAUCAAAGAGCAGAUCAAAUGUUAUCCAGUUUAGACCCAGCAUACACAACAAAGUGGCGAAAAUAUCUUCAGCUGAAGUCAUGUUUCUAUAUGGCCUAUGCCUACUGCUACCAUGGUCAAACCCUCCUGGCCAGUGAUAAAUGUGGAGAAGCUAUUAGGUCUCUGCAGGAAGCAGAAAAAUUUUUUGCCAAGGCUGAAGCAUCGUGCAAAGAAUAUGGUGAAACCAAAGGGCCUGGGACUACAGCUAAGCCUUCUGGCCACCUCUUCUUUAGGAAAUUGGGAACUCUGGUGAAAAAUACCUUAGAAAAAUGCCAGCGAGAGAAUGGAUUCAUUUAUUUCCAGAAGAUUCCCCCAGAGGCUCCACAGCUGGAGCUGAAGGCAAACUAUGGUCUUGUUGAGCCAAUUUCUUUUGAGUUCCCUGCUUUGCAUGCACACUGGGCUCCAGAAUCUCUUGCUGCUUUCGAUCUCACCAAAAGGCCAAAGGAGGACAGUGCUAAGCCUAAACCAGAGGAAGAAGUGAAACCUCUGAAAGAACCCGAUAUAAAGCCUCAAAAAGACACUGGAUGCCAGAUCUCUUAAACUUCACAAGUGCUUUGAAAUAGCCCUUGUGAGCUGCAUCUUGUGAACUGUGGGGUUUUAGUCUACCCCUGUUUGCUGACUCUUCUGGACUUCCUUAUUCUAAAAAUGAAUUCACUGCUUUUCAAGUUUUUAUAGAUACCUUUUCUUUUCAGUUGUCUUUCAUAAGAAUAAAGAGAUUAAAACUGGAUUGGUUAUAAACUUAUGCUCUCAGUGUAGAAAGGGAGCAUUUAGAUGAAUAAACACAUGGAUGGUGAAGUAAAUGAUGGUGAUAAGGGAUGAGACUGGGGGAAGAGGCAGUAUUUUGUAAGGGAGGAAGGCUGAACAAGAGGAAAUUUUCUGGAAGCUUUAAGAUGGUAUGUAAAACAGUUGGCUGAAAAUAAAAAAUGGCAAGGAGAUUUUUAAAAAAGGCAAGAUAAAUUGGUAUUCGCAUUUUAAGAGCAAGAGUAUUGAGACAAAUGGAGACUUAUAGAAGAAUUAAGCUAUGUAAAGAAAUUGUAGGAAAAAAUUGUACAUUAUCUUGCAGAGGAAAUGGAAGAUUCCAGCUGGCAUAAUUUUUACUCUGGCAGGAACGCAACUGCUGCCACUGUUGCCCUUAAAUUACUGCAAGGGAAAUACAGAUAGAAGGUGUUUUUGGAUAAUGUUUUGACCUUGAAGUCCUUUGACAGAAACAAAGCAUCUUAUUUGGGGCAUUCUUGGGGAAAAGAGAUUAUAGAAACAUUUGUUAAGAAUGGUUCAGCCUUUCUACCAAAAGAGCUAAACAUAAAACAUCUGUGGAAGGACUAUGCAACUCCUAAUUGGACUCAAAGCAAUCAUGGAUAAGUAUUGAGCAUAAAGAAAUGUACUUCUGAGUCGAAGUAAAUAAUGCACUGUGGAGAGGGUUCACAGGUAACACCAGAGCUGCAUAGUAAAUAUAAAGAAUUGAAGGGGGAUUUAAACAGGUAGUCAGGAGUAUAGGAACAGAUUGUGUACUUCAGUCCAGUGUUGAGAAGACAAAAUAUGAUUUGUGAGGAGGAUGAGGGACAAAUGAAUGGAUUCAGCUGCAGGAUAUAGACAAACAAAAAUGUUGAGUUACAGGAGUAGCCAAGAGACAAUACUGAAAGAAUCAAAACGUGUCAUGAAUGCUGUGAAUGAUGGUUGUGGAACUUUAAAAAAUUGAGUGGCUGUACUGUUGUUGUUUGGAGGCCUGGUUGUGGAUAAGCUAGCAAAUUUCAGAAGAUCUAAAACAGUGACAUGGAAAAUAAGAAACAAUGACUCUUGAGCAAAGGAAGGAAACUAUGCUGCUCAGAUGAUGCCAAUCAGUGACAAUUCUUAGCAAACAAUGAAACAACAAAUUAUGGGAAAUUCUGUAAACCAAAUUUCACUUGAGUGUUGCUUUGAAAAUAGAAUUGUCCAGCAACAAGAACUGCAAUUAACCUCAUAGUUGGAAUAAUUGUUGCUCCAGCCUGUGGAUUUCUAAACUGAAUUUGUAUGAAUUCAUGACAACUCUGGCUUGCUACCUGGACCUGUAUUUGGGGCAAGUGAGAUUAUUUAAUGCAGUGUGGCAUCUGCUUGGCUGGACUUUAAAGUACUUAGCAAGGCCUAAAAAAAACUUUAAUGUUUGACAUGCUGUUGCACUCAUGUUCUGCUUGUGGGUUUCCCAUAGUUUAUUAUUGUAAGGAUAGAAAGUUGGGCUAGAUGGGCCUGUGAUCUGAUCCAGCAGGGCUGUUGUGUUAUGAUUUGCAUCUGACAUGCUAAACAUCAAAUUGGAUAGAAAAAAUGGUGUUCUCAUGUGUGAAAACCUAUAUGAAUAUACUCCAUGUAGUGAGAUGGUCUUGGGAUAUGUAGCCAGGGACCAGUAGUGAUCAGAUCAACUUGAAUGGCUUCACAAGCCUUUGGAAUGUAUAGUAGUAAGAAAUUGUAACUAUUUUUAUUAUGGAUUCUGGUUAGUAACCGUAAAUUAACAAUUUUCACCAGCUUAUAAAAUGUAGUGAGUAAACAACCUGCCCUCAGGCUUAGCAAAGAAAAUUGGUUGCGCAGCUCAAUCCUGCCCAUAUAUACUCAGAGCAGUGGUUCCCAAACUUUUUUUCCCAUGGACCACUUGAAAUCUGCUGAGGGUCUUCGUGAACCACUUAAUGAUUUUUCCGCUUGUUGUAGCAAUUGUAAUGUGCUGUGCUAGAUGCUGUAUAUUUAAUUGUAUUUUUAUUGCUGCUUUUGUUUAUAUUGCAAUACAAUAUAAAAAGCAAUAAAAUCCAAUUAAAGAUAUGAAUAUAUGAUACAAUGGAUACAUAGGAACAGAAAUAGGAGGAAUUUAUUGAGAGAUUUGCAUAAACAUCAUGGUUCACAGACUUGAAAUCUCUUAGUUGUAUCUCUCCUAAUCUGGUGUCUCUCAGUGUAAAUGAUAUCAGGUGCCAUGGCAGACUAAAGAGGGCUACAAACGGGUGUGUGUGUGACAAAAUGUGGAAGGCAUAAGAGGCGGACAACAGCAGUUGUGUUAGGAAAUGUUUGUCAAGCGUUUCCUUGUCUGACUGACCCAUGAGUGCCAGACCCUUGGCACGCACAAACGCCGUAAGAAAGGGUGGGAAGGGCCAUCAGAAUGGAUGUCAGUUGGGGGGACUUCCCCUCCUCAUGGAUACUACACAUCCAAAAUGAAGUAGGUUUAGAAGGAAAAGAGUGAGACAAGGGGAAUGUGGAUCGCUUUGCUAGAGAGGGAGGCUGUACGUGAGUAUGACUUCUCAACAGACAGUGCAAAGCCUUGAUGGAGCAGCUUCUGCUCCUGCCAUCUUCAGACAUACUGCAUGAAGUUUGUGGACCACUGGUGGUCCACGGACCACAGUUUUGGGACUCAGAGGUAGACCCUUGCUGAUUGAAAUGGUCUUUAACUCGCAAAUAAGUGCAGCCUUUGUAUGCUUUUAUUUGUUGGUACUUCUAGUGCUCUUAUUUAUUAUGUUAGCUUUACGUCUUUGCUGCAUCAGCUGUGUCGCCACUGGCACACAUGUCUGCAGGUUUAGCCACCCAGAGUUCUUAACCAAUAUUGCAAGAGACUUUUAGCUGGAGCUUGUGCUGUGCUGUCCCUCCUCUUUGGCUGCUAUGAGCCAACUACCAGCUACUAUGCCAAGCCCUGCAUCUGGUUAUUAGUUGCACCACUUCCCCAUCUGUGUUUUUCUUCCCACUCAGCUUCUGCCCCAUUUCCUUUCUCAGCUAGACACUUUGGGCUGGGUGCAUGGUGCACAAUUCUGACCACACAUUCCAAACUGAGAAGAUAUCUGUGAAGCUAUUGGAGCAAUAGGUAUAAUGUUAUGGGUUAAAAGUCUCCUGUUCAUAGGCCACUGUUCUAAACUAAAUGUAAAUUGUGAUUUCUUUAGCUUGUGGGUGCCUUCCUGGUGGUGCAAAGGUGCUUCUUCAAAUCUGUGGAGAUGUCAGUUGGCACAGCAAGAUGUUUUGCAGACCACUCAUUUUGGGUUUUGGUCACCAAUGAGGCAGAAACAUUAGUGAACCCAUUUGCAGAAUUGGAAUUCCAAAAGUAACCUUAGCUGUAAAAAAUCUUUUCUAUUUUAGAACAGAUUUGUGUAUGUAAAGUUUCUUAGUGUACAUGUUCGUGUAUGUGUACACCCGUGUACACCCAUGCACACUCACACUAAUAACUCCUGAUUUCACAUCUUUUUCUUUUCUUUUUUUCUUUUUUGGCAUUAGGGAAGCUUUACUUUUUAACCCUUGCCUUUACUAGAAUGUAGGUUGAGAUCUGUAUCUCAUGUCUUGUCCUUCAAGGGGGAUUUAACAGAUCUUCCCAAUCCCAUUUCCAAGCUUGUGUGGCCUUUGAUCCUUUAUAUCAACAAUGUAGUAUGAAUGGAAAUGAAUCAACACUGGGCUCUAACUCUUGGAUUUCUGAAAUUAGCCUUUUAGCAUUAUUUUGACUCCUUUGUCACGUAGUAUAUAUAAUUAUGUAUAUAAUUAAUGAGAACAGAGCAUUAUCUUUUUACACUCCAGUGUAUGUAUGUUUGUGUAUAUAUGGAUAUUCUUCUUGCAAUUGUUUUUCCUUCUCAUGAAGGAUAAUCAUUAUCAAUAUGUUUUCCAUAAGUUUAAUACUUUCCAUAUGCCUCUUCGGUUUGCUUGCCAUAUACGUUCUUAGAGCUAAUUGGGACUUUAUGGAUGAAUUAUCUGUUAACGUGGAAGUUGGACAUGUUUAUAUCUUUUCUGAAUGUUGGCCUGCUUUUCCUUCCUUUACACAUACAUAGUUAAAAUGUAUCUGAAGGAAAAUGUAGUAAUUGAUUUUAAAACAUGGCUCUGUAAGGCAUCAUGUAUGUUGAUAGUGCUGUAUGAAUAAUAAAAUGGCUAGCAUGUU